AUGGCGUCUGCUACCCAACCCGUCCCUGAGACGCCCGUUACCAUCAAGGUGAAUAUCGAUGGCGUAGCCCGUCGCUUCAAGUUGUCGCUUCGUGAUGUCGGCGUCAAUGUCCUCGAAUCUAAGCUACGAAACGCCCUGGACAUUCCUGCCGAUGCCGACGCUCUUUUUGAGCGCUAUUCCGACUCCGCUGCCACAUAUGUUGUCCUGGAUCAAGCCAACAUCGCCGUCUACAAGCAACUGUACCGCGCCGCUAAGGCAAAGCACAAGCUCAAGCUUCGCGUGACCGUCAAGAAGGAGGGUACCGAUAACAACGGGGUUCCUGAAGAAGACACCACGGCGGCAGUUCAGGAUGAGUCACUACUGGAGCCGAAGGAGGCCUUCGAGGAACCCAUCGAAGAUAAAACAAACUCGAUCAUCGAGCCUACCGAUACCGAACGCGAGCCCGAUUCUGAGAAGGCGGCCGACACGUCCGAUGACUCUGAGCAGCUGAUAAAGCCCAUGCUUGAGGCUAUGACGGAAAAGCUCGGCGCCCUUUCUGUUGAUGUGCCGGAGGCCGAAACCUCGGCCACGACGCAAACGUGUGCUGUGAACUGCCCCGCGAUUCACGCCAACUAUGCCGUUUGCUGCAACAGCUGCGACAGCACGAUCCCGGACGCACAUUACCAUUGCUCCACCUGUGAUGAUGGCGACUACGACCUCUGCGAGAACUGCGUUGAGCGGGGCGUCACUUGCAACGGGACCAACCACUGGUUGAUCAAGCGCUUCGUGAAGCAGGGCGUUAUCAUUAACAGCACUACCGAGCGCCUUCCUCCCAAGCCCAAGGGCAAACCCCUGCCAAAGCAGGCACCAGCCACUCCGGCGCCGGUUGCUCCCGAGAGAAUCAUUCCCGUCUUCAAUGACAACCUGGACGGAAGCAUGCGCACCUGCAACUGCUGUGUACGAGAACUCCCCGAGGCCGAGUUUGUCCAUUGCACUUCCUGCGACGACUUCGACCUUUGCCGUAACUGUGUGUCUAAGAACCGCCACGGCCACCAUCCCAAACAUUCGUUCGUCGUAGCUGUCAAGGGAACCAAGCUCGACGCCGAGGUUCUGGGCCGCAUUGGGGCUGGCCGUGGCCAAUUCCACAGUGCCGUCUGCGAUGGUUGCGACAAGGGGAUCCGGGGCGUGCGCCACAAGUGCUUGGACUGUCCCGACUGGGACUACUGCUCUGGCUGUGUGGUCAACGCUGGCUUUAUCCACCCCGGCCAUCGUUUCGUGCCCGUCUACGAGCCUCUCGAAUACGACGGUGGUGUGCGUGUUCGCACUAUGAACCGCCCCGUCCACAUGGGCAUCUGCUGCGACGGUCCGCUGUGCUCCGCGUCCCGCGCCAAUUCAAGCUACAUCGUGGGCGACCGUUACAAGUGUGCCGUGUGCCACGACACGGAUUUCUGCGCCUCUUGUGAGGCCAGCCCUUCGAACUCGCACAACCGCACUCACCCCCUUAUCAAGUUCAAAUCCCCCGUGCGCCACGUCAGCGUCACUACCACGGGUGAGAACGUCAACGGCCGCCAGAUGCCCGCUAUGGGCGAUCGCCCCCGCUCCCGCCCUUCCAUGACUGAAACUCAGGCACGCGAGACAAGCCCCGCGUCCUCGCUUCGCACCGGGAUUCAGACCGUUGUCGACGUGAAGCCCUCGUUGCCACGAGUCAAGGUUGAGCAGCCGGAGAAGCCGAGCGAGAAGAAGCCCGAGCAGAAGUCGGCUCUUGUGGACAACUUGAAAGCUGAUUUCCUCGAGGACACCGUCAAGGAUGGCACCGUCUUUGGCCCCGACCACGUCUUUGAACAGACCUGGAUCCUUCGCAACACCGGCGACGUUGCGUGGCCAUCCGGAUGCUCCGUCAAGUUUGUCGGGGGUGACUACAUGGGCCACCUUGACUCCAACCACCCCGCUGCCACCAAAGACGUGGAAUUCUCGUGUGAAUCCACGAUCUGCUAUGCCUCCAUCCAGCCCGGAGAGGAGUUCCCGUUCAGCGUCCUCCUCAGGACUCCCGCACGGAGCGGUAGGAUUGUGUCGUACUGGCGCCUGACCUCCAAGGAUGGCCAGAAAUUUGGACAUCGCCUGUGGUGUGACGUUGUUGUCAAACCUAAAGUGGUACUACCCCCCGUCCAAGCUACCGAACCCGUCGCACAGGAGAAGGAAAUGGAGGUGCCGCCUGCACCCGAGUCGGAAGACAAGUUGGAGCACAGCCAAAUGAUCUUCCCGAAGCUUGAGAAGGAGUCCCCCGUGGCCAGUGUUCACGAAGAGGCCAACACUGAGUCUAAUGUCACUGGGGAGGAUGAGUACGAGGAUUGCGAAGAUGCUGAGUGGGCCGAGGACGCUUCUAGCCCGACCUUCCUGACCGACGACGAGUACGACAUUCUGGAUGCCUCGGAUGAGGAGUCCAACCACGGCGGCCGUGCGCACUAG